AUGUCGUUCGGAAAGAUUUACGGUGUCAUUGACAACCCACGCGUUUCUGCGUGCCGUAUCGUAGCAAAGGCCAACGACCUUGACCUUGAGCUCGUCGAGGCCGUCCCUGGUGCUACUACUGCUGAGUUCCAGAAGAUCAACCCUCUCGCCAAGGUCCCUGUCUUCAUCGGCGCCAAUGGCUUCCUCUUAACCGAGUCCACUGCCAUUGCUGUCUUCCUUGCCUCUCAGAACGAGAAGACCACCCUUCUCGGAAAGACCAAGCAGGACUAUGCCUCUAUCCUUCGCUGGAUGUGUUUCGCCAACUCUGAGAUUGUCCCAAAUGUCGGUGCUUGGUUCCGUCCUAUCCUCGGCAAGGAGCCUUACAACAAGAAGGCCGUUGAGGACGUCUCCGUCCGCGCCUUGAAGGCAUUUGAGGUCCUCGAGAAGCACCUCACUGCCAACACCUUCCUCGUUGGCGAGCGUAUCACUCUUGCCGAUCUCUUCACUGCCAGUCUCUGCUACCGUGGCUUCCAGUACGUUCUCGGCAAGGAAUGGCGUCUGUCUAACCCUGCCACCACCAGAUGGUACGAGACCAUUGUCAACCAGCCCGUUUACAAGGCUAUUGUGCCAGACACACCUUUCGUUGAGGAGGCAUUGAAGAAUGUUGCCCCAAAGAAGGAGGAGGCUGCUAAGCCUGCUCCUGCUCCAAAGGCUGCUGCUGCCGCUGCCCCCGCCCCCGCUGAGGAGGAGGAUAAGCCAGCUCCCAAGGCCAAGCACCCCCUUGAAUCCCUUCCAAAGCCAUCCAUGAUCCUCGAUGACUGGAAGCGAAAGUACUCCAACGAGGAGACCCGUGAGGUCGCCAUGCCAUGGUUCUGGGAGAACUACAGUGCCGAGGAUUACUCUCUGUGGAAGGUUGACUACAAGUACAACGAUGAGCUGAAGAUGACCUUCAUGUCUAACAACUUGAUUGGUGGUUUCUUCGCCCGUCUUGAAGGUUCCCGCAAGUAUAUCUUCGGUGCCGCCUCCGUCUACGGCAAGACCAACGACUCCGUCAUCCAGGGAGCUUUCGUCAUCCGUGGCCAAGAGUAUGCUCCUGCCUUCGAUGUCGCCCCCGACAUGGAGAGCUACAACUUCACCAAGCUUGAUGCUAGCAAGCCUGAGGAUAAGGCAUUCGUCGAGGACCAGUGGGCCCAGGACAAGUCCAUUACCGUUGACGGUAAGGAGUACGAAUGGACCGAGGGUAAGGUUUGCAAGUAA